AUGGCCCCUCCCAAGAAAGACGCAUUUGCUGAUUUAUUUCAGUCUGCCAGUAGAGGUUCCAGCAACACAAACCUUAACUCUAAGUUGAACACUUUGUCCUUAUCUGAAAGACAAAAGUUACAGGAGACUCCCAGCCAAUUAUAUUCCCAACCACAAUCCGUCAAUUCAAGCUGGUCCAAUGCUGAUAUAUUGACUCCCAGCAGGCAAGCAAGUCCGGCAGCCGAGAGUGUGCAGCCAGUAGCGGCCCAAGGAUCAGGUUCAAAGAAGGAAGUCUAUGAUGACCCAUUUGAUAUUUUCAAAGAUCAAAACAGCACUAGUAAAGAACAACCUAAGAAGAACCAGCUGACAGAAAUUUCAUUAUUGGAUGAUGACUUUACUGACUUUUUUCAAGAUUCAAGAGGUUCAUCAAAGACACCUGCUGUUGCUGAAGAUGCUAAGGAUGAUGUGUCCUUUUCACACAAUGCAGCCCCUUCUACAUCUGAACGAAAUGACCGUCCUCGUGCUAAGCAACCAAGUCCACCACAGAAAACUACAUCUCAAUCCAAGUCUACUGAACAAAGAGAUUUAAUAGUUGCUGAAUUGAUUGAUAUUGGUUUUGAUAUCAACCAGUCAAAUGAGGCAAUCGAUACUGUGGGGCUUGAUUUACAGAAAUGUGUCAAUUAUAUUAUGAACAAGAAUUCUGGUGCUCAGACUGGCUCAGCUUCGAAUCAACGACUGGAACAAAUCAAUUUCAAUGAGAUAGGUAACGACUUGUUCAAAAAAGCAAAUAGUUUCAUAAAUUUCUCAAAACGAACGGUGAUGAAGAAUUUAGAACAGCUCAAUGGACCAAAAAAUAACAAUCUACCAGAGUGGAUGAGAAACCAGGCCAAAUACAAGUCUGAGGCAAUUGAAAAGAAGUAUGGUGGAGAAGAUUAUGGUACUGAUGAGGAGAAUAUCAAUCAUGCUGAAAUUGAACGAUUUAUGAGACAACAACGUGAAAGAGAAAAAGAAAGAUUCAGCCGUUCAUCGAGCCCUAAUGUUCCUCCAAAGAGAUCCGAAUCUUCCAGAACUGCAUCUCCAGUUCCCGAAUUACCUCGUCGACCACCAAGAACCAAGGUUUCAACUCCUGUUUUACCUAGAAGACCACGUUCAACUAAAGAAGAACUGCCAAGUUCCAACGAAGAGUCUAAUGGCAGAUCUAGCAACAAUGUUGCACAAUCAUCACCAUCAGAUCAGGCCACUCCUGUAGCAGCACCACAACCCCAAGCAGAACCAUCUGUAGAUCUUCUAGGUCUUGGAUCUGAACAGCAAGAAACAUCAGCAAAUAUAUCAACCAUACGUGAUUCAAGCCCAUUGAAUCAAUUCACUCAAACUGAUUUUGCUACUGCAAAAGAGAAGGCAACUGGAUCAUUCAAAUCAGGAGAUUAUUCACUGGCAUUAGAGUCAUAUUCGUUAUGUCUUUCCCUUUUACCACCGACUCAUGAGUUGAGAGUUGUUAUAUUAUCAAAUUUGGCAAUGGUCAACAAAUUGCUGGGUCAUUUAAGAGACAGUUUGACAAACAUCGAUGAAGCACAGAAAUUAAUAGCACCAGAGGAAAUUAUCAGUGCUCAACGUACAAUCUCGGAUAAACCAAUUAAAUAUUGGAGCAUCAAGUUGCUUUCAGUGAAAGCUGAAGUCUUGGAAUUAUUGGAAAAAUAUCCAGAGUCGUUGGAACUGUAUCUAAUGUUGAUUCAGAAAUUCAAUUGCAACGAUAAGAAAUUUAUGGAGGCCAAAAGACGUGUCGAUAAAAUUGUCAAUCCGCAGAAUUAUUCACGUCCAAAAUCAAGUAAUUCGUCUUCACCAGCUCCUUCAAGGUCUGCAACUCCAAAUACACCCAAACCAAAAGUGACAAAGGAAGAAGAAAUAGAUCCCUUAUUCAAAGACGGCAUCAAUGAACGAAUCCAGAAAUGGGCUGAAUCUAAACAGAACAACUUGAGAGCCAUGUUAACUAAUUUGAAUGAAAUAAUCCCAGCUACAGUGUCAAUGAAUGACAAAUCGAGAAAUUUAACGUUGAACGACUUAAUGUUGCCAAAACAGGUGAAAAUACAGUACAUGAAGGUCAUUAGUAGUAUACAUCCAGAUAAGUUAGCAUCACAACCAAAAGAACUGCAAUUAAUCUGUACUGGAGUUUUCAUAAUAUUGAACAAAGCUUGGGAAGAUUUCAAGGAAAGUAGUUAG